CUAUGAACGCCACUAGUAACAUGCCCCAGAAUUAUUAUGAAUGUAGAUUGUAGAUAGUUUGAAGCCUGGGUGUUUUUUUAAAUGGCUCAUCUUUAUCUGUAAUUAAUAAACACAUUUCCUGCUAGAAAUCCACUUAUUCUUUCAAUCGCGAAGGUGCCAAUUAAAAUGGUUAAGUGCUUUGUUGUAGGUUGCAAGACAGGGUAUAAAUCAAACAAGGAGAAAGUUGGAUGCUUCAAGGUUCCAAAAGAUGAGAAACUGUUAACUUUGUGGCAAAAAUUAAUACCAAGAGGUGACAAGACAUUAUCAAGUAAUGAUCAUGUCUGUUCCAAACAUUUUAAAGAAGAAUAUAUAAUCAAAACGAAAACCAUUCUCGAUCAAGCCUAUCCAUUAAAGAUUUGGAAGUUGACAGCCCAAGCCGUUCCCACACUUAAUCUAUGGAAUAAUGGAGAGCAAGACACAAAGAUGAGGAAGAGCAAAAGUAAAAAGAAUAUUGAUGUAGAACAGUGGAAGAAAACACUUGAAUCACAUUACACCAGUCCUCAGCCACUUCAAUUGCUGGACAAUAAUUUAAUAGUAGUAGUGCCCAACACAGUUGACAGGUUAGCAGCUGAUGUUGAGAUGACAGAUCCUCAACCGGAAAAUGACAAUAAAGAUUCAGUCAAUCAACCAAUCAUCAUUGAGGAAGUUGAGCAACCAGUCAUAGAGGCAGUCGACAAUGCUAUAUUUGAUCCCACAAAAGCAAAGCUUCCUAGCUCAUGGAGAUGGUGUCCUAGUUGUGAACAUUAUCAAGAGGAUGAUCCUACUGCUAACAAGAUAACUGCUGUUAGAUUUGGUGUAGUUAACAACACCAAAGUUAUCCUCAAAAUGAUAACAAUUGCUGGUGAAGAAGUGUCUUACACCGUCAAGGGAGCGCUUAUCAAACCUCCCGAGUUCCUGCCGAAAUCCAUCGAAAAAGUAGAAGAACUCACAGAUCUCUUGUCUCGCUUCGACUCGGCCAAUAUUUGUGGUGGUUUCAAAUUUGAUUUUGAGAAAGCACUUUCACCCUCCCUGAAAAAAGCCACAGUCAUGGAGUAUGGUGAACGGCGAUCGAAGUUGUGCAUUCGGAUUCUUCAAAAAGGUUCAACCUGCUACAGAUGCCAGCACCUAAAUAAUUUAGCUGCUGGUGAUGAGUCGCUGAAACCAAAUAAAAUGGAUGGACUUUUAGAACGAAGCCAGACAUUAACCAACGAAAAUCGCCUGUUAAAACGAAAGUUGGAUCGUAAGGAAAGACUGAUCAAGGUAACAAAUAUGAAGAAUGAAUUUAUUAGAAUUGUUGCAAUUGUUCUCUUUGUGUUUAGGAAUUAA